AUGCCAGAGAAAGUUGUUGUUGUGACAGAAAAUUUAACAGAGAAAGAUUACAUUGACGAUAUAUACAAUUCCGAUCCAAAUGUAUUCGAUUUAAGCAAAUUUAGUACUCCAUUUUUAACUUCUUGGUUAUUUUCAGAUGAAUUACCGAAAAUUUCGAAAGAUUCUGCGAAAUUACUGAAGAUUACACAAGCUAUUAACUUCUCCUAUGACUGGUAUAAGUCCAAAUGCUUCGGUUUCGAUUAUUUUCAUCCGAUUUUCUCAAGAUGCAGCAAUUUACAUUACUUAAGUUUAACAUUAGUUGAGAGUCUAACUACAUUAUACGUUUCCGAUCACAGAACUUACUUUCAACAAUCAAUUGACCAAUUUCUUAAAUCUUUUGCGAUAAAUACGAAACAAUACGAUACAACGGAGUUGAUAAUAUCAGUAAUUGGAAGUUUACUUUCAGCAUACGAGAUGAGUGGCAACAAAGUCCUUCUAGAAAAAGCAAUUCAAAUUGCAGAGAUGAUUUUACCAGCAAUCAACCUCGAAGAAGGAUCCUUUUACAAAGAAAUCGAUGCAUUUUACAACAAAGACAAGAUACAGUUCUCUCCAACUUAUUUUUCCCUUCAAGCGAAGACAACUAUUUCCCCUUUCUUCCUAGAGUUCCUUAAAUUGGCCGAAUUCACAAACGAAACGAAAUACAUCAAGUACGCGAUGGCUGGAUAUCGAAAUUUCAAGUCAUUAAAAUUUAAUAAUGAACUUGAAGGGGAAGAGUAUGAUUAUUUCAAGGAAAUAGCAAUAGAAGUCUUACCUAAACUAUAUUUCCUUACUCGUGGCCGCUUCAAAGACAUUUUGGAUCUAAAUUCCCAAUUAAUUGAAAAAUAUCUGAAUUCAACAGACAUAAAUCAGAGUUUUGAGACAUCAUUCAUCAUAUCUAUGCUAUCAGGUGCAUACACAGACUCUCCAAAUGCAUCAAAUUACGUAGAAACCGCAUCCAAAAAAUUGAAAGACAUUUGUAAGCGUUUUCCACCAACAGAAGCCAUCGAAAAUGUCUUACCAUCAUAUUUCUUCGAGGAUGGACACUUCCACGACUAUUAUUUCCAUAGAUAUCAUCCUAUGGUCGAACCUCACAAGUACGACCGGAUAUUUAGGGACGAGCUCUUCAACGGCGUGGAGUACGAAGAAGAAAUGAGACGUAGCGAGGCCGCGAGACAAAAAGCAGACAAUUUGAGGAAAUCUGGAAAAUAUAUUUUGUCAGAUAACCCUUUUCCUUAUGAUAUUGCAGAGCCAUUGUAUCUGUUAUGGAAAUUGACUGGCGAUGACUCAAUUAGAGAGUGCGCUUGGUCGUUUUUCGCAAAUAUUGUUUUGAGAUUUAGAACAGGAAAGGGAUUUUUGGAUAUAAUGAGUAAGAAGAAUGAUUCUGAUGACUUUUAUGAUACAACAAACUCAUUUUUGGUCGGUGAAACUUUAAAAUUUUUAUAUCUCAUUUUCCAGGAUUCAAAUUACUUCCCUUCCAACCGUUACGUGUACAAUGGUGCUGGGCAACCUUUUGGGAUGAUAUCAAAACAGGCAAUGGACUUAAUGGAAUCCGAAAUACGAAAAUAUUUAUAA